AUGAGCACUAAAGAUUUCGUUCAUUUAGCUGAAAAGAGUCCUGCUUUACGAUUAGCUGAGAGUACUGUAGUGAAAAUUGAGGCGGUAAAAGAUAGACCAGUUACCAUUACGCUUACUUAUGAUCAAAUAAGAGCACAGGUGGAAGUUGAUUCGACUCCCGACCAUCCGUAUUUUGUGAUGGGACACGGCUGGGCCAGUUGCAAUCCGGAUAGGACGUUUCAUUGUUAUGGGCUUAAAGUUCAUAAACUUCAGGUAGAAGACGUUUUAGUCUCACUAACACCACGCGAACCAGCGGCACAGCCAGCAAGCACCAGCACGGCCUUCCGAAGUACCACAAGCAUGACCACGGCUACCACCACAGCGAUGUCGGCCAGGCAAUAUUCUGGUAACGCAGCGGUUACCAGUACAGUUACCAGCGCUACAAUCCCCUCAAAUCAUUUCCUAUCUCCUGCCAGCUCGCCUCAGGCCAAUGUCGUACUCGCCUCCUAA